GAUAAGCGAUGGGGACUCGGUCCUUUGAAUAUGAGGUAGACCUCGCGCACUGCAUGAGGCAGCAACGUGUGGGUGCAGACUGUUGAGUCUUUCUUUAACCUUCAACUAACCCGACCCACACUUACCUGUCUUUGUCGUGUUGGAUUUGAGAAUCUUGCAACUUGAGCUCAGUGUCUAGAUCGAUACCAAAAGCAAGAGGGUUGUGCAUAUGUCGAUGUUCAACGUACUCGUCGUUGGCCAAACUGGAUGUGGGAAGAGCUCGGUCGUGAACAUACUCGCUGGAGAAAGCCGGGCACCCACGUCAGACGACCUUGGUCACUGCACCAAACACUGGACUGAGUAUGCAAUUCCGGUCGACGGUCGUUCAUUCCAGGUCUUUGAUACCAUCGGUUUUCUCGAACCUGGGCUGGAUACAGAGGGUUACACGAAUGCUAUCGCUGAUACAUACCUCGCGAUCGAUGUCCUAAGGAAAAGAGGCGGCAUUGAUCUACUCCUUUAUUGCGUACGCGACGGAGAGAUCGAGAAGAUGAAGGGUCACUAUAGGUUGCUCCAUGAAGUGUUUUGUGAAGAAGAAGUUCCAGUUGCUCUUGUCGUCACAAACCGUGGCGUAAACCACAAAAGCUACAAGGCAAUAUUCCGCUCGCACAAAAUCGCUUAUAUGGACUACGCCUGCGCAAACAUAACUAGCACGCCUGUACCUGGUAGUUCAGCUGCGGACACCGAAUCGCAGAAGGCGAUCAAGGAACUGCUAGUGAAAUGUUGCGAUGCAAGACCUAAUCCCAGGUCCACGCUGCAACAGUUAUGGCGGCGAGUUCAGAAACUCGUUGGGACAGACCAGUCUCAAUCUCUCAAACGAAAUGAAGUAUCCACGCUGCUCACACGGCGUUGCAAGAUGCAACAGGCGGUGGUCGAGCAAUUGCUCACAUCCUUAAACCUCCAAGUCGCCGUCAAGUCGGCUUUAUCGAGCACCCUACGCAGGCGCUGCAACUCACGAGUUACCUCCGUCAGAGAAUAGUGCUGGUACUCAAGAUGAACAAGUGUCAGAUGCCAGGCCAAGCUCUGGAUCUCAAUUGCAUUCUGUUGUGGAUAGUACCUCUCUGCAUUCUCGCUCAGACAACUGAUGUCGUUACCGAGCACCAAUCCUUCGAGUAUCAAGAACAUAUAUGUGUAU